CAUCAUUCAAACCAAUAAAAUAACACUCCCAUACCUACCAACUCCAUCAUUUGCAUUCAUCUUCUCCAUAUAUACACACACCCAAAACAGACAAAACUGACUCAAUCAUUUCAUCAAACACCUUACCUGCAACAAUGGCGAGAUGGUGGGAGGGUGCUCUGGAGCUCAAACCACUGCUCCACCUCUUGUUUCCACUCUGUUUUCACUGGAUUGCCGAAGAAAUGACCGUUUCUGUGCUUGUUGACGUCACCACUGAAGCUCUAUGCCCCGGUCAAAACACCUGUUCUGAAGCUAUUUAUCUCAAUGGCCUUCAACAGACUAUUGUAGGAAUAUUCAAGAUGAUCAUGCUUCCAAUUCUAGGCCAGCUUUCAGAUGAGUACGGACGUAAACCACUUCUUCUUGUAACGGUUUCCACAACCAUAAUUCCCUUUACCCUGCUGGCCAUCAGUGAGUCAAAAGCAUUUGUGUAUGCUUAUUAUGUUCUUCGAACGGUUUCAUAUAUUAUUAGUCAAGGAAGUAUUUUCUGCAUUGCCGUUGCUUAUGUGGCAGAUAUUGUUGAUCAUAGAAAACGUGCAGCUGUUUUUAGUUGGAUAACAGGCCUAUUUUCCGCAUCACAUGUCGUCGGAAAUCUCCUAGCACGUUUUCUUCCUGAAGAGUACAUUUUUGAAGUUUCAAUAGCUUUGUUGAUCUUCUGUCCAGUUUAUAUGGCGUUCUUUCUCGUUGAAACGGUUAAAUCAACUCCAAAGCUGGAUCAACAUUCAUCUUAUUUGAAUAAAGCACUCACGGUUGUACAAGAACGUUAUAAAACAAUGAAAUAUGCUGUAAUUAUCGUGUUAAACACUCCGACUUUGAGGAGCAUUUCGGUUAUUUCUUUCUUUUAUGAAUUGGGAAUGUCGGGAAUCAGCACUGUGUUACUGUAUUACCUGAAAGCAGCAUUCGGAUUUGACAAAAAUCAACUUUCAGAAAUCCAAAGCAUAGUUGGUAUAGGUUCAAUCGUUUCUCAGUUGGUGGUGCUUCCUCUUGCUAAUCCGUUAGUUGGCGAGAAAAUAAUAUUAUGUGCAGGCUUAUUAGCAUCAAUAGCUUAUGCAUUGUUUUAUGGCUUUGCAUGGGCUUCUUGGGUACCUUAUCUUAGUGCAUCAUUUGGGGUCAUCUAUAUCCUAGUUAAACCGGCGACUUAUGCAGUUAUAUCAAAAGGAUCAAGAUCAACUGAUCAGGGAAAAGCACAGACUUUUAUUGCUGGUGUGCAAUCAAUUGCAAGCUUGUUAUCACCAUUAGCAAUGACUCCUUUGACUACAUGGUUCUUGUCCACUGAUGCGCCUUUUGACUGCAAAGGCUUUAGUAUCAUUUGUGCCUCUUUAUGCAUGGUGAUUUCGUUGUGUUUUGCAUGCUCAUUGAAACUGGAAUCGCCGCCAGAUGAUGAAGAUAAUUUGGAAGCACCGCUAGUAUCUUAACCGUGUAAGAGACUAUAAUAAGAUAUUAAUGUGGUUCUAAAUGGUUUGAUUAGUGUAUAUUUAUGGUUUCUUAACUUUAAUUUCAUCUUAAUAUUUUAUUAACUUCUCACUUAUCCUCUCAUGUUUUGUAAGUACAUCAAUAUUUUAAUAUGAAUAGUUUUGUCCAGUUCAAA